AUGAAAUUGACGGAGAUCUCUAUGCUGACAGGAGUCCCUAAAUCCAUCUGCUCGGAUCUCAUCAUCAAGGCGAAGCAGAAGUCAUUGGAAACCGGAGACCCCGACCUUUGCUCUCAACAAAACCUUGUCCCUGAUCCGACUUCAAGAAAAGGUCAUAAUAAGAUCUUGACACCUGAAGAAGAGAGGAGAUUAAUAGCACUCACCCUUUCUGAUGCUACCCAUUGCCGUAUGUCACUAAGCGAGUUGACUGCUAAAGGUAUCAUCAAUUCAAUCGUACAAGUUUUGUGGUAG